AACUUAACUUCCGCGUUUUAGAAGCCGAGAAGGUGGACCGUUAAAUGUUUCUUCUUCAAUUUUCUGUUCUUGAUGAAAACAUUUCAAUUAUUUAGAUAGCAAUGGCGGUAUUAACCGCUGCGUCUUUCCUCUUUUGCCUGCUGUCCAUCCGGGUCACCGUAGCGAAAUACGAACCCAACUGGGAAUCCAUCGACUCGAGGCCACUGCCGGAGUGGUACGAUCAGGCCAAGUUCGGCAUCUUCAUCCACUGGGGGGUCUUCUCCGUGCCCAGCUUCGGCAGCGAGUGGUUUUGGUGGUACUGGCAGGGGCAAAAGCGGGAGCCGUAUGUCACCUUCAUGCACAAGAAUUACCCGCCGGAUUUUAAGUAUCAAGACUUUGCACCCCAUUUCACUGCCGAGUUCUUCGACGCCAAAGAAUGGAUGGACAUCUUUGCCGCAUCGGGAGCAAAGUACAUCGUGCUGACCACAAAACAUCACGAAGGUUUCACGCUGUGGGGCUCCGAGACCUCGUGGAACUGGAACGCAGUGGACUUGGGCCCCAAGCGCGACCUGGUAGCGGAGGUGGCGAGCGCCGUGCGCGCUCACGGUGACCUGCGCCUGGGCCUGUACCACUCGCUUUUCGAGUGGUUUCAUCCAAUGUUCCUGCAGGAUGCCGCUAACCACUUCGCCACCAACCGCUUUGCCGUCGCCAAGAGUCUGCCCGAACUUUACGAGCUGGUGCUGACGUACAAGCCUGACGUGCUGUGGUCGGAUGGAGACGGGAAUGCGCCUGACAAGUACUGGAACAGCACCGGGUUCCUAGCCUGGCUCUACAAUGACAGUCCAGUGCGGGACACGGUGGUGACAAACGACCGAUGGGGCUGGGGCUCCAUCUGCAAACAUGGCGGCUAUUACACUUGUACCGACCGCUACCAGCCGGGUCACCUGCUGCCGCACAAGUGGGAGAACUGCAUGACCAUUGACACCAAGUCAUGGGGCUACAGGCGCGACGCCCCGCUCGCCGACUACCUCACCAUCGAGGAGAUUGUGCAGACGUUGGUGGAGACCGUGUCCUGCGGCGGCAACCUGCUGAUGAACGUGGGCCCCACGGCGGACGGGAGGAUCGCGCCCAUCUUCGAGGAGCGCCUGCGCCAGAUUGGUCGAUGGCUUCGGGUGAAUGGCGAGGGGGUCUACAACAGCAGCGCCUGGCGGGCUCAGAAGGACAACGUCACGUCCGGCGUCUGGUACACGUCCGGACCGCGGCAGAACGCGGUCUUUGCCUUUUUCUUCGUGUGGCCGACUGAUGGAAUUUUACUCCUCGGCGAACCUGAGCUCGCACCUGGACAAACUCCGCAAAGCCAGGUGGUGCUUGUGGGUCACGGCCCUGUGAAGUGGGAGCCUGCAAAGCCCAGCGGUAUCCGGGUCUUCCUACCUCAGCUGUCCAUCAGCCAGAUGCCAUGCCAGUGGGCCUGGACCCUCAGACUGACCGGUGCCAAGUGAACGAGAAGAAGAAGAUGACGCAGACUAAUUUUGGAUGCACUGAAAUGAACUGAAACUGUGAGCACAAGGAGCUGAAAAGGCGACUUGAUGUAAUGCUAUAAUUUGUGUGCUACCUCUUUAAUUAAAUAAAUGACGCAAAUACA